GAAGCUUCGUCUGCUCUGUGCAUGUUGUCACCUCAUCAUCUGGCUGGGAAAAUAUCAUCUAAUGAAAGCAAGUGUCUGUUUUGGUUGGGGGGAUUUGGUAUCCGAAACCCACCGGCUCUGUCUGUGUGAAAUAGGGAAUGAACGACGAGACAGCAUCGGACAGCUGGAAGAGAAACUCCGGGUGCUCCAGUAUUGAGCAAAUGCUGGCUGUGAAUCCCGGAAAGACGCCCAUCAGUCUGCUGCAGGAGUAUGGAACGCGGAUAGGUAAGACCCCAGUGUAUGACCUGCUGAAGGCCGAGGGACAGGCCCACCAGCCCAACUUCACGUUCCGUGUCUCCGUUGGAGAGAUCAGCUGCACCGGCCAAGGGCCCAGCAAGAAGGCAGCCAAGCACAAAGCAGCCGAGGCUGCUCUGAAGAUGCUCAAGGGAGGUCUCGGAGGUCCCGUUGGACUUGGUGUUGGAGUAGACGGGUUUAUUGGGGUUGAUGUGCCUACUGAUGGAGACAACUCUCAGUCAGAGAUGAAGACUUCGGGCAAUUCUCAGCAAUCUGAAUGUAACCCUGUAGGAGCUCUGCAGGAGUUGGUGGUGCAGAAAGGAUGGCGUUUGCCAGAAUACACAGUCACCCAGGAGUCUGGUCCAGCACAUCGCAAAGAGUUCACCAUGACCUGCAGAGUCGAGAGAUUUGUGGAAAUUGUUUCCUGUUCCUCCUUAGGAAGUGGUACGUCCAAGAAGCUAGCCAAGAGGAACGCAGCAGCUAAGAUGUUGUCACGUAUACACGAUGUCCCAGUGGACCUGAGGACCAGCAACGAUGCUGACGCAGAAGAUGACACAUUCACCAUGCAUGUGGGGAGCAGAGCUGAAUCGGGUAAAAGUAAAGGCUUCAGCUGCACAUGGGACUCUCUACGGAACUCUGCAGGAGAGAAGAUCCUCCAGCUCCGUACCCAUCCUCUGGGCAUGCCCUCCGACUCUAACUUCUGCUCUUUGCUGAGUGACCUGUCCACAGAGCAGUGCUUUGACGUCAGUUACCUGGACCUUGAAGAGCGCAGUCUGAGUGGCUUCUGCCAGUGUCUGGUGGAGCUGUCGACACAGCCAAUCACAGUGUGCCAUGGCUUCGCUCCGAGCAUAGACGCUGCUCGCGCCAACGCGGCCCACAAUGCACUGCAGUACCUCAAAAUAAUGGCUGGAGGGAAAUGACAGGCCUCAUCAUUUUCUUCCUCACAGACUAAAACUCAUCACAACAAUGUGCCAGGAUGAAUUUCCACUCCAGACGACACUUAUCUCUCAUCAGUGAAAUGGUCGUAGCGCGUGUGAUGAGUUUCACCUGAAUUACCUCAGAUUUGGAAAUGAAGACUUUUUUUUCUGUCCCCAAACUAACCUAUGGAGCCCACCAUCAUCAUCAUAUUGAUAUUUAUUUGUUGCCAUUGAAGAUUUAGUUGCCCAAAAACUCAUUUACCCAUCACCCUGACAUUUUGCGUACAAAUUAUUUGUAGUUUUUUUAAAAUAAUUUUUUGUUUGAUAUCUGCACCCAGCACUGUAUUUUCCUAAAAUCUUUAUCUGAAAAUACAACCGGUGCUCUUGCAGUGAGUUCCCAAAUAACUACUCACAUAUGCCGGUGCAAUAAAAAGAAGGGUUUGUAGAAAUUGGGAUUGUGGAAUCCUCCAUGAUUGGUGCUUUGUUUAAUCUCUGUUGACGUGGAUCAGUGCAAGAAGAAGUUUCCCAGCCGUGCUGAUGAAUUGUGGAGAGAAAAGGACUCUUCUGCAUAAAUAUCAGAGGAUAAGUUUUAAAGACUGCCCCUUCAUACAGCUUGUAUGAGUAUUGAAAAUGUGACUUUUGUUGUGAUCAUUUCAAUUUUAAUCAAUUGACAUGUUUUAAGAUGUAAAAGUUUGGAAAUUAAGCCUUUCUUGUCAUGUUAGUAGAAUUAUUAGGAGAUAUGAAAGCUCUAAUGUGUGCAACUCCUUUCUUCAUACUGUAGAGUUCCUUGCAACAGUUGGCCAACUCUCAACAAGAUCAUCACAGGUUUUCACAUUCAUAAACACUACAAAAGAAAUAAUACCAUGUGUUUUUAAUUGUGUUGAUAACUGACAACUGCACACAUAUUACAAUUGAAUGUAAACCUUAUUAGUAGUUCACACAUGUCGGUGUAAUUAUCGCAGUUUCAAAAUUAGCCU